UGUCAUUGUGACGCAUUUUCUCCCAUUUUUCUUUUUUGUUUUUAUAUUUGUAAAACGUUUGUAAAAAAUUAAGAAAAAUUUGUUUUUUAACAAGAAAAUAAAAAUACAUUUACAAAAUGGGUAAAGGUUUUAAUAAUUACAUGUGUAAGAAAUUCUUCCAUCCAGCCUCUAGGGACAAUCUAAAACGGGUAUGGAUGGCUGAACAGCAGGCAGAGGCCUACAAAAAGAAACAGGAGGAACUACGCAAUCAAUAUGAAAAGGAACAGAAUUUGCAUGAAAACAAGGCCAUGCUUAGUAAGGAGAGCAAGGACAAGUUAAGUGUUAAUUUCAUGUACGAGCCUCCGCCGGGGGUGAGAAAAGAUCGUGAAAAGGACGAUAAUGAACCGGAGUAUAAAUUCGAGUGGCAGCGCAAAUAUAAUGCUCCACGUGAAUCAUAUUGUAAAGGUGACACCGAAAUUAGAGAUCAACCUUUUGGUAUACAAGUGCGUAAUGUGCGCUGCAUAAAGUGUCACAAAUGGGGCCAUAUUAACACAGACAAGGAAUGUUCCAUGUACAGUAUAUCCAUGAGUGAGGCACGUAAAUUGCACUCCGAGGCAGAGGCUUCUGAUAUAAUGGCUAAAAAUGUUUUAGAAGAACAAAUGAAGGGUGAUGGUCUAAUGAUGAAACGUUCCGCCAUGGAAUUACAAAAUAGCACUAAUCAAAAGCAUGCCUUAGUGCCCAGUGAUCCCGAAGAUGAAGAUGAUGAGAAAAUGGCUAAAGAGGGCAAUCCAGAAAAAGCAUUUUUAAAAUCCCUAAGCAAGGAACAGAAAUUAAAGCUGCUAAAGAAACUAGAGAAGAUAGAAAAACUUAAGAAAAGUAAGGAUGGCAAAAUUAAAAAACAUAAGAAGUCGAAGAAAAAAUCAAAGAAGCGGGACGAUAAUAGUGAUUCAGAAGAGGAUAAACGUAAGAAACGAAAAAAGAAAGACAAAAAACAUAAAAAGUCAAGCAGUAAAUCUGAAUCCUCUUCAUCUUCGGAUGAUUCUUCAUCAUCUUCAGAUGAAUCAGCGUGUACGGAAAGUAAUAAUAAACGUAAAAAAGACAAAGGGUUCAAUGAUAAGAAAUCCUUUGAAACAGAGAGACAUAAUAGAUCACGUUCUAGAUCUAGAGAACGCGUGGUGAGAAGGCGCUCAAAUUCUCGGGAGAGGCAACAUUCUAGAUCACCAUCAAGAAAUGGCCAUACAAAAGAGGAAAAACGUGAAAGAAGACGUAGCCGAACUCCACGUAAUCGGGAUCGUUCACAUUCAUCAGAUGGGUCAGCGAACUCAAAAAGUGAUAAACACAAGACAGAUAAAUAUUACCAUGAUAAGAAAUCAUAUGAAAAACAGAAACGCAAUAGAUCACGUUCCAAAUCCAGAGAUCGCACAGAGAGACGGCGUUCAAGGGACAGACAACGUUCAAGAUCGUUGGAAAGAAAUGGUUAUAAAAAAGAGGAAAGACGCGAAAGACGAAGCCGUUCGCCACGCUAUAAGGAUCAUUAUAAUAGUAGACGUUAAGUUUUGGAUAACAACACCAACAUUACAAAAAUGUUUAUAAUGUUUUCUUAUUAAGAUUUUCAUUGAAAAAUUAUAUCAGUUUAAAAAUGUGCAAAGCUAAA